ACGACUUCUUGAUUUUUUAAAAAAAAAAUAUAAUUAUGGAAUGAUCGUUUACAUGUAAACAAAUUCAAGUCAAAUGCAUAAUGUACAAUAAUUUACCAUUGUAUUACAUUGUAGUAUUACUUUCGAUCACAUUCUACGAUAGUACAUUUACUUAUACAUUAGAACUUGCAGUCACCGAUGUAAAUAAUCCAAUUCGUUUGAGAAGUAGACUAAUUGAAACAAAUCAAGCUUUUCAAUUCAAUGAGCAUGUAUUCAAUAAAAUGCAAGAUGAUGAAAGAGAUUUAACACUUUCUAAAGACAUGCCAGUACUUGAUGUAUUAAUAUCUUCUGAAAGAGAUAAAGAUUCAUCCAAUAGGCUAGAUUCGAAAUUAGAAGAUGAAUCUACAAGACCGAGAACGCAUAACAAUAAUGAUAAUAAUAAUAAUAAUAACCGCAAUGGUAACCGAAAGAAUAAACUAAGUGGACAGCAUGCAACAGAAGAUGCCAAACUACUUGGUUUAUACUGGCCUAAUCCUAAUGUUGGAAACAUAUUUGACAUUGGAUGGGAUCCGAAUCCACCUAGAGGAACUGAUUCACAAGAGGAUUUAGUACAACCAGAUGAAACACAUUUAGAGGGUGUUCCUGUCUUUAUUCAGCAUCCUAAACCAUUGUAUUACACAACAAAAAAUAAACCAGCUACAAUAGAAUGUGUUGCUGAACCAGUUUCACAUGCCGCUAUCAAAUGUGCUGAACAGACAAUACCAUACAAAGGCCCCGGUGAGUCAGGAACAUUGGAGAUUCAAAGGCUGAACUCAGACAAUUUACCAGAUCCAGAAGGUAAACGUUGGAAACUACGCUUAGAAGUCAGAGCUCGAGAUGUAGAAGAAUGGUUUGAUACAUAUGUUUGUCAUUGUGAAGCAUGGAACAAAGUGGUUAAGCUACAACGACCGAAGAAAGUUAUCAGCAAUGCAACAGAAAUCAAAGAAGCCUACUUGGACGAAAAGUUUCAACUAGAACCAAUUUCUACAGAUUUGGCUGUCAGUAAACGUCUUGUGCUAACAUGCCUACCACCUGAAGGAGAUCCUGAUCCUGAAGUUUAUUGGUUAAAAGAUGGAAAACGUGUUGAUGUUAAAUCAUUUCCACACAUUAUUAUUAAUGACUAUAAUCAUUUGAUCAUAGAGAAUACAACCACUGCAGACAGUGGAAAUUAUACAUGUGUAGCAGCCUGUCUUAAUGGGGAGAAAAGACGUGCAGUUGCUCGAGUUAAUAUUUUCCCUUAUAAUUCUGUCAUGAAUCGACCGUUAGCUGGUGAUUUAACUAGUUGGGGUGAGUGGGGAGCAUGUCAUAAACUUACAACAGACGGAAGCAAUGCACGAAUAGUUUGUCAGCAAACUCGUAGUCGUUUAUGUGCCAAUCAUAUAACUUCAAAAACUGAAUUGAAAUCACUUGAUAUGAAUCAUCUAGCAAUGGAUCAGUGUCCCUUGCCUUUAUUCCAGACAAGGAAUUGCUCUGCAAGUCAGUGUGUCAGCUCUAUGAAUAAAAUUGUUCCCAAAGGAAUACACCUUUCAGACAUGAAACCACUGACCACUACAUCAAAGAUGCCAAGCUCACAAAUGUUUAAAACUCGAGAAAUCGCAAUUUAUGUCGGCUUAUUUUUAUCUUUAGCUGUACUGCUGGCAGUAAUUGCUAUAGUGGCUUUAAUAACUAGACGAAAAAGUUUGAAAUUUUCUACUGCUCGAGCAAUUCGUUAUUCUGCUUGUCUUCAGAGCAAGCGUUCAUGUCGACAAGAAAUAAUAAAUAAAAAAUCUCAAGACUUGCUGUUACCCGGUGACGUUACACAAACUAUGAUUACAAUAAUGAACCCAAGUGUAGCCGAUACACAAAAUCAAGAAAUGAAUAGAAUCAAUCAAAAUUAUAAUGCUAACAAUUUAAAUGGUAAAACUUUUGGAGUAAAUGUAAUAAACGGUACCAUUAAUGGUAUGCGAUUUCAACACCAAUACAACUCUAAUGCAGGCAAUAAUGGUCCUCUAAGUACAGUUGGACAAAGUUUGGUAUUUUCUAAUGGAACAUCAUUGGGAACAGCGACGUCAAUUUUAGCGAACCUACCACCACCACCUGCUCCACCACCCCCUCCACCAACACCCCCACCUCCACUACCUUUAUCUUUACCACCGAUUCCGACCACAUCGAUCAGUUUCGACGGUAGUAACGGAACAUCCGAGGUUUCCGGUUAUGCUGGAUUUCCAAGUACCUUGCCAAGUACACAGCAUUUUAUGAAUCCUGCAUCUUGUCAAAUAAAUGGAUACUUAACCUCUGCCCCAUAUUUACAAACAAAUAUCGAGUUUACUAACCAAUUAGUGAAUUCAGGAACCGAACCCGCAUAUGUUGAAUCAGAAGUUGGACUAUCUAGAAUAGGUUACGGACCACAGUUUCCAACACCAUUAGCUGUAAACAAUUUAGGCGGUCCAGUCGAGAGCUCUUCUGGUCCUUCCACUGCAAAUACAGGCACAACUGUCACUGCAAUUGGAUCUUGCAAUGGAGGAAGUAGUGCUGGGUCAGUGGGAUUACCUGUAAAUGGAUGCCUAACAAAUAGAAGUCCCAAUAACUAUCACAUAAAUUUUUCAAAUGCGGAAAUCGAUGAGUGCAAUGAGAAAUUUGGACCGGAAUCAGGGUGGUACCAUGAACUAUCUUUAGACGGAGAUUCAUCAGACCGAUCACUUUUAUGUGAAUUUAAGGAUUCUCUAGAUUCGGAUACGAUUGUACGUGCAACUAUAUCAAGCAAUGGUGAUCAACUAGCCUUGCCACAAUCAGGUGUAUUUUUGACCGUACCACAAGGUGCACUAGAAUCAAAUGCACUAGUCGAAGUUUAUUUGGCAGUCUGUCGAGAAGAUAAACAUCGUCCUACAUUAAAUGACCAUCAAACCUUAAUAAGUCCUGUUAUUCAAUUUGGACCAUUGGGCUUAAAUUUGUUGAAACCGGUACUUUUAUCAUUUCCUCAUUGCGCCGUUUUGAAUCAAAGCAGUUGGCUAAUACGAGUGUUGGCAUUAGGACCGAGUUCGAAUCGUUCGCCUAAUAAUUUGAAUACAUCAAAUAUCAACGGAUAUAAAUCCAGUUCCAGUGCAGUACCGACAAAUUCUGAUAAUUAUGUAUGGCAGGAAGUGGGAAUAAUUGGUUAUGAAUCGAGUAUCACUAAAAUGAUUUGUCAUCUCGAUGCAAAUAUGGCACAUCUGAUAACUGAUGUUGCACAGCGUUACUGUCUAGUUGGUGAAACUCAGAAACUUCUUGUCGGUGAUCGAUUAAUAUCAAACCAUAAAAAUAUAAAUCACACAGAGUUCCCAAAUUUUCCUAACGGUAUCAAUACGAAUGGUAUGCAACGUGUAAAAAUCACAAACUUUAUUAAUGGCAAUAAUACCAUGACAGAUAGCACACAAGAUAGUGGAUUUUUGUCUGAUGUACAACCUGCAACGAAAAUGUUGAAAUUAGCUGCAUUCGCCGGACCACUGACACCUACGAUCGAUUACAAUAUAAGAGUUUAUGUGCUCACCGAUACCAAAGAUGCAUUGGAACAUGUUUUAUGCGUAGAGAAACGAUUGGAAGGAAGACUGUUGGACGAUCCAAAGUCAUUAUUAUUCAAAGAUAAUGGUGGAGGGCUAUGUUUCUACAUUGAGGACAUUUCUCCUGGAUGGAGAAGCCGAUUGCAAACAAAAUCACAGGAAAUACCAUUUCGGCAUAUCUGGAAUGGGACACAAAUGUCUACAUUGCAUUGUGCAUUCUCACUUGAGCACUUGGAUUCACGCCAAUUAAAUGUGUCCUGUAAAAUUAGAGUUUUUCAAGAGAAUGCUCAAUCACAAGAGCAAACUUUAAAAAUUUCAAACCAAAAGUUUGAGCUGAAAACCGGACAUUCAAAAACAAGAUUCUCCAGUUCUGAAGAGGGAAGUUCAGAUAUAUACAGUUUUCCUAGUGCAUAUCGUAGACUUCCCAUUGUUAUUACUCAGAGACUAUGUAAACUGUUGGAUACCAGAGAGAGUGAAUGGCAAAAACUAGCAAAACAUAUGGGAAUGGAGAGGUAUAUUUCUUAUUUGAAAUCACAACCAAGUCCAACAACAGCUCUUAUCAAUUUGUGGGAAGCUCGAAAUCGUGAUGAAUCAAGUGUGAAUGAUUUAAAAGCCAUGUUCUCUGCCAUGGAUCGAGCCGAUUGUGCAAACUUAUUGGAAAUAGAUUUAACUACACAAAACUGUCAUCUUUAAUUUUUUUUAAAAAUGAAAGAAAAAACAGAAUUCGAAUUAGCAGUAUUUAUGAAUACAAUGCAUACCGUACUACAAAUAGAUAUAUUAAUCUGUGAAGAGAUCAUACAUUUCCAAAAUACAUAUCUUUAAUUGUGAUUUUAUGAACUUUGGAAUAGCAAUGCAUUUAGAAACAGUAGUAAUGGGCUACAUUCUAAUGAGAAUUACACGGUGCACAGUCCAUAUAAAUUUCUUCACCAAACAAAUGUAUAUCAUUAGGAUAAUACAAACAGUGUAUGAGUAACCAUUAAUAAAUUUCAACUAACUGUUGACAAGUCUUUCUUUAAAUCCAAUGUUCAAUAUAAAUUAUUCAUUUCUAUACUGAUUUUCAGUGCCUCCGGUUUUGUUCAUAAACGGUACUAAAAGUAAUUCAACAGAACCAAUCUUUGUUCAAACAUACCAUACCAAACCAUAUAUCAUUAAAUGGGAUGUCAUGUUCAAUCACCAUUGAUAAAUCACAUAAAUUGCAUUUAAUUUUCACAAUAAAUUGUGAUUAUGAUGAGAGUCUAUACCAUAUAGAUACACUUUGAAUUAAUAAAGCAUAUAAGUGAUUAUACUAGUGUUCAGAUUGCUUAAUAACUCAGCAAUCCGACUUGUAUUAAAUAUUAUACGAAAUAAUUGUCGCUUCAGUUUAGCAUUAAUUUACAUGUCAACAUGAACGUGUUUUCCAUUGCCUACUUCUAAAUGAUCACUAAUAUAAUACUUAUGUAAUUUGUACAAAAAUUUUUUUUUGAACUAAAAAAAUUAUUAUGAACAUACUAAUUGUGAAUAUUAUGCG